AUGAAAUUAAUAAUUUGUGUAUUUAUUUUAUUUAUUUCUCAUUGCUUGGGGAAACAACUGUCCAACCAAUAUGUUAAUUUACAAGUUUUCAGUGAUUCUCAAUGUCAAAAUAGCUCAGACUAUGGUGUAGGUUAUUCCAUUACAACCGAUUAUUGUGUCUCCAUUGAUGACUAUCGAAGUUAUGUUUUUACAGCUGAUAAAAACAAAGUUUCAUGGAAUAUGUAUGUUAACAAUUUCAAAGAUCAAUGCUCUAUUCAAGUUGGGCUUCAAGAAACUUUCGAAAUUAACUCUUGCAUUCCAUCCUCGGAAAUAUUUUUUGAUGGCACCGUUGUAGCAAACAAACAGAGAUUUUACCUCAAAUUAACAACAAGCUCUACUCCUUAUAUACCAAUUAGCUCAGGAUCUAUUGUUAAAACAUUCAUGGGUAACUAUACUUGUGACUCUGAUAAUAUUUUAAUCGUCCAAUAUUUUAUUAGUGGCACCACAUUCGCCAAAUUGUCUCAAGGCUAUUUAACCUACUAUUGUGAUAUUAAUAAAAAGCCAUAUUCUGUUAACUGUCAAAGAAAUGGUCAAUGCUCCCAACCAGAAUCAUUAAGCUCAAAUUGUAACUUAAUCUCCCAAUUCUAUAAUGCUACCUCUGACUCUAGUCCCCAAUCUGACUCUGACUCCUCAACACCAUACACUACAACCUAUAGCUCCACAUCAAACAGUUUCCCUACAGGCCAAAGUUGUGAGUCUGGAUCUUGCAACCCAUCUGGUGUUAUUACCAGUGCCAGUUGCGAAUCUGGGUCUUGCAACCCAACAGGUGUUUAUACUAGCGCCAGUUGCGAAUCUGGGUCUUGCAACCCAACAGGUGUUAUUACCAGUGCCAGUUGCGAAUCUGGGUCUUGCAACCCAACAGGUGUUUAUACUAGUGCCAGUUGCGAAUCUGGAUCUUGCAACCCAACAGGUGUUUAUACUGGUGCCAGUUGCGAAUCUGGAUCUUGCUCAGUUACCGCUAAUCCAAGCUCUGGAACAUCAUCCUCCACAUCAAGAUAUACAAAUGACUUUGAAUCUAAAGGUGGUAGAAAAGAUACAAACAGCCCAAUUAUAAUACAUGAAAACACAAAACAACAUCUACAAAAACCACAACAACCAAAAUACGUUAGAACCGAGUUCCACUCAUCAACCUACUGUAUCUAA